UUUACCACCGAUACCCGUGGGAGGUAGGUAUUGGAAAUGGCGAGCGCGGAGAAGAUGGAAGAUGGACCAGAGAAACCAGGGAAGCCAAAAGGGGUGGACUUGGACCAGAUCCUGGAGGAGGAGUUGGGGCAGAUGGGGAUGUACCAGAUCGUAACGCUGCUGCUCGCGGCGCUGCCUAUCAUGUUCUCUGCUUUCGCUUCGGGAGAAUACAUCUUCACGACAGCUAGAAUACCUACCAGAUGCGUGAUCCCAGAAUGCGAUGGCCCCACCCCAGAAUUCUCCCCCGCCUGGAAGCCGAACGCCAUCCCGCGCACAGACACCGGCUUCGACAACUGCAACCGCUACAGCAACAGUUCGGAGAACCACGCUGGCGACACCUGCCCAGCUUGGCUGUUUGAUAGGAGUAGAACCGAGGAGUGUCAGGAGUUUGUGUAUGAGCACACCAACAGCGUUGUGUAUGAUUUCGACAUGGCGUGUGACGAAUGGCGUCGGUCCCAGAUCGGGUCUAUCCGUACCAUUGGAACCCUCCUCGUCCUACCCAUCACUGGUUACAUAUCCGACCGAUGGGGCCGCAGGGUCGCGCUGACCAUCAACGCCUUUAAUACCGGAUGGAUCGGGCUUGUGCGGUCUUUUGUGAACAGCUACGAGUGGUUUUUGACGCUUGAGGUCCUGGAGUCCACGGUCGGAGCUGGGUGUUAUUCGUCUUGUUAUAUCUUGGUGACGGAACUGGUCGGGCCUAAAUACCGAGUAGUGGCCGGCGCGACCAUCUCCACCCUCUUCGCGCUCGGGCAGGUGGCGCUCGGCUUCAUAGCCUGGGGAGUGCAGCCCUGGCGCACCCUCACGCAGGUCCUCUACGCCCCACAGCUCCUCGUCGUCUGCUACUUCUGGAUCCUCUCCGAAUCCGUCCGGUGGCUCAUGAGCAAAGGACGCUACGAAGAAUCCGAAGAAAUCCUCAAAAAAGUUGCCAAAAGAAAUAAUAAAGAGCUUUCGCAGAAGUCUUUAGAGGCCCUUAGAGCUUCCGCUGAAGCUGAGAAGAACAGAAUCAAGCCUAAAGAACCAUGGCUGCCGAUUCUAGUCAUCAGAUCAAAAACGAUUCUCUCAAGAUGCUUAGUCUCCCCUAUCUGGUGGAUUACGAAUACGUUAGUGUACUACGGGAUGAACAUUAACGCUGUGAACCUUGUUGGCAACAGUUAUAUGAACUUCGUGGCGGUGGCGGCGGUGGAGAUCCCAGGCUACUGGACGGCCAUCUUGCUGCUGGACCGCAUCGGCCGCAAGCCCGUGCUGAUCUGCGGGUACUGGUUGUGCGCGGUUUGCCAGUUCAUAUUCGCUUUCAUGCCCGAGGGUUACGACAACGUCUCCUUGGCCGUGUACCUGAUCGGCAAGUACUGCAUCGCCAUCGUGAUGACAUCAGUGUACGUGUACACGGCCGAGCUGUACCCCACCAAGUACAGGCACAACCUCUUCGCGUUCUCAUCCAUGAUCGGACGGCUUGGCUCCAUCACUGCGCCUCUUACGCCUUCUUUGGCCACUGAGGUUUGGGCACCCUUCCCCUCAGUCUUGUUCGGGAGCGCAGCCUUACUCUCCGGAGGUCUCAUCUUCACGACUCCAGAGACCCUCGGUACCAAGCUACCUGACACCAUCGAGGAUGCUGAACAGCUGAAGAAUAAUAGGAGAACCAAUGCAUAUAAUUAAUAACGACCCCAUGGUCCCGAGACCUCGUAAUAGUAGAUUUAUCGUAAUGCCAGGCCGUGCUCAUCGAUAUCAUCUUCCCCUAUGAUGAGAUUCUCGAAGCCGCAGCGAAUGGGCAAGGCUAAACUGACAGCCCCAUGUGCAGAGCAGAGUGUACCUAAACAUCACGUAAACAUGUAGAAUUAAGUAUACAGGAAGGUAUGCCGAACCCACUGAAAGAGGUAUUUGGCAACCUGAAAACACUGCUAGGUUUUAUCAAAGAGGAUCGAGUAUUAUAGAGAGUUACUGCCAAAGUAAAAUGUGUAAUCACAGUGCAUAAACUGCCAUCUCUCGACACAGGCUUAAAACUUUUGAA